AUGGGAAACAGCAUAACUUUAAAGAGAAAGAAAGCCAAAGUCAUGAAGAUCGACGGCGAGAUUUUCCGAAUAAAAACUCCGGCGACGGCGAGAGAGGUUACGGCGGAUUAUCCCGGUUACGUUCUGUUAGACUCCGAAGCUGUUAAACACUUCGGAGUUCGCGCCAAGCCGCUUGAGCCGAGCCAGAUCUUGAAGCCGAAGAAGACGUAUUUUCUAGUGGAGCUUCCUAAGCUUCCGCCGGAGACAGAUAACAAGCUUCCGUACCGGAGAGUGAUGUCCGGAAUUCACGUCGGCGCGAAGGAGCGGUUAGAAAUGCUGAUGCUUUCCCGGAGAACUGUUUCCGACGUGGCGAUCGGCAGAUCUGACGGCGGAGAUAGGUCUGGUCAGACGAGUGUGAGGCUGAGGUUACCUCGAUCUCAGAUCACGAGGCUCAUGGAGGAGAGCCACGACGCUUCUGAGAUCGCCGAGAAGAUUUUGAGUAUCUACAGGGAGAGCUCCGGCGAGAUUGGCGGCGGUGACAGUCGCCGGACACUUGGAGUCGAGGGGAUUAAGGCACGUGAGAAGCAGGUGAGUUUCGCUGGAGAAGGUGGACGAGAGCUUCCUAUUCUAUGGAGCAGAAAGGGGAAAUAA